UUGGCCCACAAUUCGUCCGUUUCUAGAGCCGACUGUGACAUCUUCUGUCUCUUCCCCCCCCCUCAUAGACCGCUACCGGGAGUUUGCCAAGCUGCGCAGGUCGUUGUGUCUAGCAUCUUGACGCCCCCCUUUUGCCUCGGGGCUAUUGGACCCGAGCAUCUCCAGGCGCCCGCUACUUGA